GGUGGCUAACGAAGUGAGUAGCGGACUAGCGGUCAGUGAAGUGGUGAAGUGUAUGUGAGACUAUUGUUACAGUGAAGUGGAAGUGUUUCAAACUUGUUUGGGAGAGACACAGUUUAAAACUGAAGGAUGGUAGCAGUUUAGUGGUAAUCUGGAGUUCACCGAGAAGUUUUGAUUCACCACAUAAUGACAAGUGAUUCCCAGCCUGGAGACGGAGAGGAAGACGGAAUGUCUACGCUGGAAGAUGGUGCCUCGACUUUGGAGGAUGGAGGCUCCAUGGUUGAGGACAGUGUCUGCCCCACGGAGGCGGACGAGGGGGUGGUCACGUUGGAGGAGGCCAGGAGAGUCAUCAGAGAGUUACGUGACCGUCAUCGUUCGCAGUCACGCCAACUGCUGGCGUGGAAAAGGAGAGUCAAGGCUCAGGAGGAUAUGCUCAGCAAACUGGCUCGUGAUCGCAGUGAACAGCUGAGGGCUUUGUCGUCACAGCUGCUUCUGUUUGAGGCUCGGCUUUGUCGCAAGCAGCACGACAUCAGCAUUCUCCUGGCGCAGCGAGACGCGAUCAUCAUUAAGCAGCAGCGAGCCAUCAAACAGCUGCAGAGUCGACUGAUAGACGCAGGGCUGGAGUGCGCAGAGGAGACGAACCUUGACUCGCUCAACGACAGUGACAGUGCAGUGAUAAUGGAGGAUGAUGACUUCCGACACACCUCGGAAGGCGUAACAGUCAUCCGUAGUGUAUCAGACGCUCUAGACACUCCACUCAGUUGUAAGUACUCGUCCAUGAGGAGAAACAACGGCUUCCUCAGGAGACCGGAAGUAUUAGAAACAGUGUACAGUGUCGAAGAAGACGGUGACUCAGACCAACCGCAAUCCUCGAAUCAAACCAACCAAACUGACUCUGGCAUUGAAGAGCCUAGUUGUAAAACACACAAGGGACGACUGAAGGAUCUUUACGGCAGCUUUGAACGGUUAGACCAAGACCAACCGCCCGAGCCACAAAACCACGUAACCACUUAUAACAGAGUAAUGAGCAAUCAUCGAUCUGUUACGAAACCCAAAGAUGUUAAGUACAAGAGGAUCAACAAGGCAAAGUCCAAAUCACUGGAGGAACUGAGGGGGAGAUUGAAAAACUGGGUGGAAAAAGGAAACAAGUUGGCUAUAUCGUUGGACCAAUCUUUCAACUAGAAUUUAGAGUAUACUAUUAAUUAUUGCAUAUCAAAUGACAUUCCUACUCUUGUGAUCCAAGGCCAAUGAUGGUCAUGCUUCAGUCUUUACAUUUUUUAUUCCUUUCUUAUCACUUAGUAUAAAUUUUAGGUCUAUAAAGUCAAACAUGCUUAAGGAGCAGGACCAUUUCACUGCCGAUAGCGGUUUGCAUGUGAUGUGCGAUGAGCUCAAGAGAAAAUUGUGUCCCAUUUCUGUGGGAAUUUGUCUUUUCUUCGCCUUCUAACAAACCUAAAACCUUUCUCUCUGGGCCCAGGCCCACCCCAUUUACUAAAGCGGCCCUACCGACAGCAGAAAGUGUUUUUAAACCGAAACACGCUUUCACACACAAAUUCCAUUAUCAUCGUCUUUUUGAACAAAACAAAAAUUAAGUUCUGAAGAAAUAAAAUUUCCAAUUGAUCUAUGUUUCUCAAUACCUGAAGUCAGGAGGUAAAAGAAAUGAGUAGUCCUUAUCAAUGAACUUACUUAGGUCUUCAUUUUAUUAGGGUUGUAAAAGUUAUAACUUUUCAAAUUUUAAAGAACUUUUAUACUUUUUUUAUUUUUAAAUUUUUUUUUGAAAAUUUCUGAUUGAGUGCUAGUUAAGGAAUCUUUGCCUUUCAGAGAUGACCCCGUCAUUAAACUAGCAAAAUGCUGGCUGAAGUUUUGAUUGCAUAUAUAAUUGAGUUUGAAUUGUAGCUUGUCCCUAUCAUGGUUUAAAGCAUCCAAAUCUUCUACCAUUAUUUUUUAUAUGUUUAAUGACACAGUCAUCUUCCAGAGAUCCAUACUUAGCAAUAUAUUUCCCUACUUAAAGACUUGUGAAUACUGUACCUUCUGGGUUUGUUAAUUGUCAAAGUAAAAACCACAUUAAAAAUCAAUAGGGACUCAAUUAAAUGAAGUCCUGCUCCUUCUUAAAUUAAUACGCAUACUAUUGUAAAAAAUCUAUGCAUAGGCCUAUAUACUUGGUGUACAAAAUGUUCCACUAAUGUAAAUAUUGAGCUUAAGAAGUGUAUUUAUAGGUAUGAAACUGUGAAAUUGUGUAUAAACAAAGCAAAACAUAUCAUUCAAAAACGAUUAAUGCUGCUGAAAGAUAGUUGAAUUGUUGAAUUUACUGAAUGUUAUUUUUAACUUUAGCUAUAAACUUGUAUAAAACAGAAAUUGACAAAUUCCAAAACCAAUUUUUGGAUGUGAUUUUCUCAAUAAUUAUUUUGGUUGUACACUGCCCAUACAGCGGGUCUUGAAAGUAUGAAAUAAGUAAUAUCACAUCAUAAUACCAGAAAACCCUACAUUAUGAGGGAGCUACUCAUUAAUGAUGUGUUAUACUGGAAUGUUUAUCAACAAGUAUCUUCUUAUAGCUUACUUUAAUAAGUAACGUAACCUAAAAAAUGUUAACAAACCUAUUAAACUUUCAGCUGGAACAUUGCUAAAUCAGAAAUUUGUUCUCAUGAAAUUGGCUAGAUACCUAGAAUUUAACAAACAAUGAAAAUAGUUAAAGAAAUCCUAAAGUGAAAGAAAUCAUUAUUAAUAAUAUCUUACACCGCCCCUUAUCUAUAAAAUAGACUACUAUUCUUAAAUUAUAACUUAUCUACAAAUAGUAUACUAAAUACUGUAUAGGUACCUCGGACUGUUCUUGUACACUGUAGUAAUUUAACUACAAAAAAACAAUUCCAUAAUAUUAUAGAAUAUAUAGAUCUCUGCCAAUAUUGAAUAUAAUUUUACUGAUCAUACUAUAAAGUGGAAUCUAGUUCCUUUAAUGAUUAGUUUGUAUUUUUAUGUUGUAUAUAAAUGAAUAAAACAGUGUAAUAAGUUAGUUGUAUAGAUUGUUGUAUUUUACCAAGGGAACUUAAGUCAAUUUGUGAUUUAUUUUGAAUGAAAUGUGUCUUCUGUAGAUUAAUAUUUAAGUACCGGUAUGUAAA